AUGCACCGACGCUUCCCCCGUCAGUGCACUAGCCGCCUUUCGUUAGUCGCGUCGCACUACUUUCCUUCAUUCGCCGUUUCUGUACUAUUAUUAUCGGCCAUGGCCAGAACAAAGCAGACCGCUCGCAAGUCCACCGGCGGCAAGGCGCCCCGUAAGCAGUUGGCGACCAAGGCCGCCCGCAAAAGCGCUACCGCCACGGGCGGCGUCAAGAAGCCCCAUAGGUACCGUCCCGGUACGGUGGCGCUACGCGAAAUUCGCCGUUAUCAGAAGAGCACCGAGUUGCUCAUUCGCAAGCUCCCCUUCCAGAGAUUGGUGCGCGAGAUCGCCCAGGACUUCAAAACCGACCUUCGUUUCCAGAGUUCCGCGGUGAUGGCGUUACAGGAGGCGAGCGAGGCGUACUUGGUGGGUCUUUUCGAAGACAACAACCUUUGCGCCAUUCACGCGAAACGAGUCACCAUCAUGCCCAAGGACAUCCAACUGGCGAGACGCAUUCGCGGCGAGCGCGCCUAAAUAGGAGGAAAGGUCUUCCCGGACGAUAUUUCAGAAAACAAAAAAAACGGUUCUUUUAAGAACCA